AUGAAGUUCUUACAAAUAAAUCCACUUCUCGUUUUCGUUCUUGUAGCAUUCAAUUUUGUUUAUGCACAAACAGUAAUACCGGGAAAUGUCUCCACUUCAUGUGGUGUAGAACUUAAUAAACUUAUUUUAACUCCAGACUACAGCACUUGUGCUUCAUUUCUCAAGUUAUUACCUUUGCAAAAUACAUCUGAUCCAAAAAAUGUCUUAGAUGGUUAUUGUUCCUCACCAAAAUGCAGUGAUAGCACCACCAAUAACUCUGCUACCGAACUUAAAAAUCUAUGUCAAAAAGAACUUAACACGUCAAGUCCUGAUCCUCAACUUAUCGCCUUGAAAGAUAUUCUUAUCUUCAAUACCCCAAUAGAGCAAUCCUUGUGUUUAAAGAACUCUUCUGGAGGUUAUUGUUAUACAGAUUCCGAUAGUUCUGCGAUAUUCGGCUUCCUUAGUGGAUUGAAUGCUACUAAUCCUCCCAGAGAUAUUAAUUGUACCGAUUGUAAUAAAGCUAUCGUAAACACUUUUGUGAACUUCUAUAAAGCUCAUCCUGAAUCAACUCCUGAAUUACCGGUUAGUCAGCAGGAAUUGAACAAUUUCCAAACUAUGGUUUCAACAAAGUGUAAUUCUUCUUUCAUAGAUGGAAAGGUUCCAAAUAACAAUAAUUCUCAACAACAAAAGAGUAGUGGCAUCUCCAUGCACACUCCAUCUUAUACUGGUUUUACAAUGUUUGCAAACACUAUCUUCGUAGCUUCACUUGUUAUUGUAGUUUCUUAUGUUAUUUAA